GGGGUCACUCAUUUUCCUAAAAAAAAAACUUUAAGCUUUAAAACCAAACAGUUCCAUUUCUUACAUUUAAAGCCUACUAGCAUUAUGUUUUCUAUUCUUCUCGAAGCCACUUUUCUACAUAACAUUUCCAACAACCAAACAGGACCAUGAAAAUUGGCAAGCUUUAUUUAAAAAAAAAAAAGAAGAAGAAAAAAGACCCACUUAUUUCUUGUUGAGUUUUUCAAACAUAAUUCUCAAAUAUUAAUAUUGUAUUUAGAUCAUAAAUUUACGAGGAAAAAAAAGGAAGAGAAAAAGAUGCAGUAUAUAAAUAAAAAUUAGUGAAGUAAGUUUUAUGUUUGUUCUCCCUUUGUUUGGUUGAUUUAGGUAAAAAUAAGAAUAGAUAAUUGUAAGAAAUUCUUUUUCUUUUUACUGAUCAUGAACAAAAAUAAAUAAAUAUGUAAAAAUGAUUUUUUAAUUUAAGAUCCAAAUAUAGCAUAAUACAUGAACAAUAAGUAAUAAAAACACAAAUGUACCGGAGACAUACAGAAAUACGGAAAAGUUCAGCGGCUUCACUGCAAAAUACACACAAUUCAAAAAUCCUGAAACUUGCAAUAAAACCCCCCAAAAACCAAAUCAACACACUCUCUCUCACUCUGCAUAGUCUCUAUCUCUAGAAAUGGACGAAGAAGAAUUACAGAAGCGAAACACCGACUGCGUCUACUUCUUGGCCUCUCCUCUCACCUGCAAGAAGGGGAUUGAAUGCGAGUAUCGACAUAGUGAGAUUGCGAGGCUUAACCCGAGAGAUUGCUGUUACUGGUUGGCAGGGAGCUGUUUUAAUCCCUCUUGUGCUUUUAGACAUCCUCCAUUAGAUACACAUACCGAGGUGUCAUCCAAAUCUGCUCCUCCACAAUCUCAGUGCUCUGCACCCACAAACAAGGUCAACGCACCCUGUUAUUUUUAUUUCAAUGGGUUUUGCAAUAAAGGCGAUAGAUGCUCUUUUCUACACGGACCCAAUGAAGAUGGUACACCUGCUUGGAAAUCUUCUGAAGUCACUGGUGCACUUCCCUUGGAAAAUAAGGCAUCUGCUAGAAGUGAUGCAGGAUCUGCACCAAUAGAAACAUUUCCAAUUCCAUCUGAAGCUGCUCCUAAGAGAGAAGCUGAAAUACAGAGUACGCUUAAAGAGGACGUUCAAUCAGCUCUUAAUAAUGUCAAAGAUCAAAGUGCUUCUCCUCAUCUAUCAACAUCCGAUUGUGAAGAAACUUCAGUUAGGUCAGACACAUUGCUUCUGGAGAAGGGUUUAAUUCAAAGCAGAUCUCUUGUCUGCACUGAUCAGAGCUCAGAGGAGCAAGUGGAUGGUCCUAUUGAGCGAGAAGACUGGUUAGAAUCAUCUCCAGGUUUUGAUGUUCUUGUAGGGGAUAUAUCGGAAGGUUUGGGCUAUGAAGAUGAUCAGGAAUACUUGCUUUCCGUUGAUAGGGAUGGCAGGGAGCUCAAUGGUAAUUUCUUGGGGUAUGAUUAUGAAGACCGUGUCGAGUAUGAUCCUACGUACCAUGAUGCAGGAAUUUUGAACGAUCAAGAGAGACGUGAUUCUCAUGAUCAAUUUGAUAAUUAUGAGCAAAGAUUUGAUUACAUCAGAAAAGUUCAUGGGUGCUCGAGGGAGAAGAAAAUGUUGGAUCCCCGAAAGAGGAAAUUAUUGACUGUGGAUUUAGUAAUUGAUGGUCGGAGAGGUGUGGAUCUCCGAGACCAUCUUAAGAAACACAGGGUCAUUGAUGGUCUUCCAGUCACUCGUUUCUCAAGAAGGAACACGAACACCUCUUCUUUUCUGGCUGAUCGAAGCCGAGAAAGGUCGCGACAACAUGGCCGGUUUAGGGACUCCUUUUCAAACAGGCCGAGGCAGCAUUAUAAGGAAAAAAGGCAGUCUAAACCGCAUUUUCUUUCAUCUGAAAUCUCUAGGAAGCCAGUUUCAAGGAAGAGAAGAUUAACCGAGGAAUCUACGAUGUUUACCGGGCCGAAGACCCUUGCUCAAAUCAAAGAAGAGAAGAGAAAAGCCCCAGAAAAUGGGUAUUCCCCUGGGGGGCUGAUAGGGCAUUCAAGCCAAACUACGUCAGAAGAGUUUCAGAGUCCUAAACCUCUGAGUGAAAUCCUCAAGGACAAAAAGAAACUGGGUCUUGUACUCGAUGCCAAUAAUGACAGCAGCUAAACUACUCAAGCUGAAUUACAAUCAUUGAAUCAACAAUGAGAACAACUUUGUGAAGAUAAUGACGGUAGAUGAUCUAAGAAGCCGCCUUCUAGCUUGUGAUCGACAUCCUUUCAGUUCUGGUAUGCUCGGAUCUUGUUACCUUACAUCUUACUACAUGAACAUGCUGUUUUUUUCUUCUUACUAGACAGAUUCUGAUCCUAUUAAAGAUCUUCAAUUUUUAAAUUUUGUUUGUUUGUUUGUUUGUUUGUUUGUUUCGUAGCCUUAGAAUAUCCUAAUUACUAAUGAGUAAACACAACCUGGAGCUUAGAAUUCUUGUACAGUGCUGGUCAUUAAUACUUUCAUUCUUGUUGGAGGAUUUGCAUUGGAAAGCUUGUGAGUAGCAGUUGUUACCUUUUCUCCAUAGGAGUGAUCUUUAAUAUUCACCAUUGCUUUUCUUUCA